CAAGAGAGGCAGUUGAGCGAAAACAUCAACCAUGAGAAAGUUCUUAGCAAUAGUACUGGACAACAGAAUUCAAAGAAUGACACCAAGAACGAAAAUGGAUCUCAAGAAUUGAAAUAUUAUGGGAGAGGAAGAGGAAAGAACUAUGGAAAGCAAUGUUCUUUUUGCGACA